UUUUCGCCCCCCAGUAAGUGUCCCAUUGAUCUCUUUGGACCCGUAGCGAACCGAACGAUACUCAAACGGCUGCAUGUCGCGUUUGUGCAUCCUAGUGUCUUACAGCCCGCUAGCAGCGCAUUUCGCGCAGCCCCAAAAAAGCUGCCAAUUAGGCCACACGAAUGGCCGCAUGGCUGCCCCACGCUCUCGUAUGAUGCCCUCAACCCAUCCGUAGCACUGAUGCUCUCAACCCAUCCGUAGCACCAUGCGGCUGCUGCUGGGCCGUAGCAUCAUGCUGUGCGGCCUCGUCCUCCUGGCAGGCGCGGCCACUACUGACCUCUAUGAGGUCCUCGGCGUGCCGCGCGACGCCACGACGGCGGAGAUCAAGAAGGCCUACCGCUCAAUGGCCGCUGAAAUCCAUCCGGACAAGCUGCCGCCGGACACGUCGGACGCCGCGCGCGAGCGGGCGACGGCGGCGUUCGUCGAGCUCGCCCUCGCGCACGAGGUGCUCACGGACCCGGUGCGGCGCCAAACGUACGACGACACGGGCAUGAGCGAGGAGGGCGACGAGGCGCGCGAGGCGCGGGAGCGGCGCGAGGCCGAGCGCGGGCCGCCGAAGAUCACGGAGACGCCCCUCGGCGUCGACGCGCGGUUUAGGAGAGGCGCCUUCCGCUUCAGGUACUCCGGCAGCGGCGUGCGGCCCGUCGAGGCGACGCGCGUGCCCGUGGUCGUGACGCUGGCCGAGCUCCUCACGGGCGUCAACCGCACGCUGACGCUCGCGCGGCGCCAGAAAUGUGAAACUUGCGCGGGCACGGGGGCCGCGGAAUCUGAGUCGAGGGAGACCUGCGGCCUCUGCGAGGGCACGGGCGCGGCGGCGCACGUCUCCGCGGGGCUAAACUGGAGAAACUCCAGACGCUUCUUCCGCCAGGCGGUGACGACGCGCUGCGGCGCCUGCGGCGGCACUGGAUAUAAUCGGGGCGCGGCGUGCGGGGCCUGCGACGGCGCGGGCUACGUCGACGUCCGAAGGGAAGUCAGGGUCGAAAUACCACCAGGUGCGCCGGACGGCCACGAGAUCACCUUCAAGGGCCUGGGGGAUGAGCACCCGCAGCGCGCGACGGGCGACCUGAUCCUGGUCGUGACGGUCGCGCAGCACCCCGUGUUCUCUAGAUCAGAAGCGGCGCCGGAGAAUUUGUACUGCAACGCGUCCGUCGGGUUGUUGGACGCGUUGCUGGGCUUCGACCGGAAACUAACGGGCUUAAGUGGAGAGCGGCUCCUCGUGGAGCACCGGCGCGUCGCCUUCAGCUCCUUCACGCUGUCCCUAAGAGACGAGGGCCUGCCCGUCUUCGGGAACGCGACACAACGCGGCCAGGUGACGGUCUUUAUUAGAGUCGACUUCCCGAAGACGCUGACGGCGCUGCAGGCGGACGUGUUGCGGCGCGUCGGAUUGAGGGACGAGGAGCUCCGGUUCAUCUUCCUCCUCCAGGCGCUCUACGCGUACCAGUACGCGCAGACCGUCGCGCCGGACUCGGACGAGGUCGUCUUCGCGAAGCGGUGCGUCGUCGGCGCCGAGGCGGCCUGCGUGCCGGACCCGCUCUACGCGACGUGGUGGCGGAGCACGGUCGGUGUGAGUUAAGUGUUUGUUGUUGUACCUCGUGCCGCGCGCGCGCGGGAGAUUGCCGCGGGCCAGACACCGGCGCAUCAUGCUAGACACUGGGUAUCACUCGGAACCCUGGGGAUCAUGCUCGAGACACCUGAGCUUCACGCGGUCACGCCCCGCCAUCGGACACCAGUUUUUGUGCGUUGUUGUUUGGCAGUGGCACACGCUUCCAGCCGCACGCAGCCCGCAGCAAAGCGGGCCCGCAGCGAGAACCCAGGUGCCGCCUGCGGCCUCGCACGCGCGCACGCGGCUGCCCGCGGCGGCGCCGACGCGAAGCACCGCCUUCGACUUCAUUACAGACUGCUCCGCCGCCGACGCGCGCGGCUUGAGGACGCGCCCGCGUCGCGCCGAGGGAGCAAUU